GGAGCCGGUGGAAAGAAGGGGCUUGGGGUGCCCCUCCCGGCCUUCCCCUCCCUGGGGGAGGGCGACCCGCGGGCGGUCUUCCAUCCUGGUGAUGGGGGCUCACAGGCUGUGGGAGAGCCCGGGGCCAGGCACGGGAAGAGGGCACUGCCUGGCCGGCCCACGUGGGCAUGGAGUGCCUCCCUGAGCCUGGGGGUGCGGGGAGAGGCCCCCUAAACCGAGCGGUGUUGGUGGGGAGGAGGCUCAGUGGCUGCUCCCCAGGAAAUCAGGCAACACCUCCUGCCGGAAAAGUGGGGCAUGGGGUCCCACGGAGAUGCCGAACUGGGGAAUGCCACCGGCCCGGAGGGGGAGGACAGGUCCUGCCCGCCCGUCACAGGGAGGAAGCCGUCAGCCUGGUGGCCAGGUGGUUGGGAGGUGGGGGCUUCCGCAGGAAGCAGGGGUCUACCGCCUAGCCGGGCCCCUGUGGUCAAAGCCCUCGGCGCCCCUUUGAGCAGGCGGGAGCCUCUGAGAAGUGUGAAACCCCAAAGCCUUUACAUGGCUCCAGCGCGGGGCUGCUCGGAAGGCAGACGGUGAUGAAUAGCUCACUGCAGCUGCCGGGAUGUUUUGCAAAGCGUAUUCAGAAUAGCAAGAACCAGAGCGUGCUUUCUUGCCUCUGACUCUGAGGCAUUGCCUGGUUGGGGGCGGGGGGAGUGGGUGCUGGGCCGAGGGCGUUGGGGCAGACCCUCCUCUGGGAGUGGAACCAACAUACGUCCUUCCCUGGCCUCUGAGCAGGACCGCGGACAGGUGCCGACAGGCCGGGAGGCCCAGCGCCAGGUGGAGCCGGGCCUCGCGGGUCCUCGACUCCCGGUCCGUGUGUGGGGAGCCCGUGUGGCCGCCACGCUUGGCCCCCAGGAAGGCUGCGGACGAGCCGGUGGCCGGGCCCUGGGUGGUGCAUGGGCCGCCCCGGCGAGGCCAGGCCCGUCAUGCUGCAGUGCCGGCCGGCCGAGGAGUUCAGCUUCGGGCCCCGGGCCCUGAAGGACGCUCUGCUGUCCACCGACCCCGCCCUGCGGCAGCUCUACACAGCCACCUUCUCCCCGGCUGAGAGGCUCUUCCUGGCCGAGGCCUACAACCCCCAGAGGACGCUCUUUGGCACACUGCUCAUCCGAACGGCCUUCGACUGGCUCCUCAGCCGCCCUGAGGCCCCCGAGGACUUCCAGACCUUCCAUGCCGCCCUGCCGCCCCGGAAGCAGAGCCUCGCUCGGAAGCACAUUUACCUGCAGCCCAUAGAUCUGAGCGAGGGGCCGGCGGGCAGCGCACUUCUGGACCAGCUGCGGAGCUGCACGGAGGCCUUCUUCCUGGGCCUGCAGGUCAGAUGCCUGCCCUCGGUGGCAGCCACCUCCAUCCACUGCUCAUCCCGCCCCAGUCAGGACCCCGACAGGCUCCAGCUCCACACCGACGGCAUCCUGUCCUUCCUGAAGAGCAGCAAGCCGGGGGACGCGCUGUGUGUGCUGGGCCUCACGCUGUCCGACCUGUACCCCCGCGAGGCCUGGACAUUCACCUUCGGCACGUUCCUUCCGGGGCACGAAGUGGGCGUCUGCAGCUUUGCCCGGUUCUCAGGGGAGUUCCUGCCGCGGGGGCCCAGCACGCCUGACCUGCCGGAGGUGGAGGUGGCCGCAGGUGGCUCCGAGGCGCCCCUGCAGGAUGGGGGCCAGGCCGUGUGCUUCAGCGCCCUGGGGAUGGUCCAGUGCUGCAAGGUCACGUGCCACGAGCUCUGUCACCUCCUGGGCCUGGGGAACUGCCGCUGGCUCCGCUGCCUCAUGCAGGGCGCGCUGCGCGUGGACGAGGCCCUGCGCCGGCCCCUGGACCUCUGCCCCAUCUGCCUGCGCAAGCUGCAGCACCUGCUAGGCUUCAGGCUGGUGGACAGGUACAAGAGACUCUAUGCCUGGAUACAAGCAGCGGCAGGGACACAGCCGGGCCCAGCGGCGGCGGGGGAGCCGUCCGUGUCGGAGGACACCCUGCCCUGCAGCGCAGACUCGGGGCUGUGUUGUGAGAGCGACUCGGAGCCGGGCAGCAGCCUGUCGGAGCCCCUGUCGCCUGACGCCUGGAGCCAAGCCUUCCCCGCGGGCCUCGAGCUGGAGCCCGAGGACGGGCUGGGCUCCCUGGCAGCCACAGAGGGUCCAGGGGAGGUCCUGGCAGAGCACGGCCGCUGGCUGGCGGCCUGCAUCCAGGCCCUGGAGAGGGACGUGAGCGAGGGGGAGCUGGAGCAGGUGGACGGCGCUGUGGAUGCGCUGGCCCCCUGGGACCUGUUCACGGGGCAGCUCCCGGCCCCCCGGCAGGACCUGCCCUGUGGCCGCGAUGGCGUGGGGCUGCGCAGGGUCCUGGGGGACACGUUCUCCUCCCUCCGGAGGAAGCUGAGUGCUCGCAGGCCGUCCAGGGCCGAGUCGUCUCCCCGGCGCCAGAAGGCGGAGGACGACUAGCAGGGCCGGUGUGACCCAUCCAGCGCCAGCCUGUCCCCAGACACCAGCUGCCCGGCCUCCGGGGCACCUCGGGGUGCAGGGGCAGGAGGGACAGUGUCUCGGGAAGCAGAGGGUGACGCAGCUGCACCCCCGGUCCUGACCGUGGCCUUGCAACGUGGCCGGCGGGGAGGGCGUCCCAGGCACCCGGAAGGCCGUCUUCGGGCCCUCCCGAUGUAGGUGGUGGGGCAGGUGCCCGCUUCUCCUGCAGCCCGGGGUCUCCGCUACUGCAAACUCAGCUUCCAGAGCCCACACGCGGGGUCUCCACUCAGAGGGCAAGUCACAGCGGUUGUGUUUCUCUCUACCAUGAGCCCCAUAGAAAGGGUCCUCUGCUGUGGUCCAACUGCAUCCUGACCCUUGGGACUUGCCGCAGGCAUCUCCCUGAAGCUUGGGGUGGUCACCACCUCUAUGGGACCAUGUGCCCACAGACCUGCCGUUUCCCCUGACGACUCUUGGGUGGGGGAGGUCACAGGUGCGGCGGGACAGUGCGGCCCCGCUGGGGCCUGCAGAGGUGAGAGCAGACCACAGCUCCCUCCUCGGGACAGCUGGACGCAGGAGGGCUGGACCCCAUAUU